GUAAUCUCUCAACUGUCUGGAUCAUCGUUCAUUGGCGAUUAUUGGAUUGGAUUAAGUGAUCCCUUCGGUCAUCUAGUUUAUGUUUGGAGUGAUGGAUCAAUAUAUGAUCCAAACUUGGCGAACUGGGAUAGCGGUCGUCCCAGUCACAGUAAGGGUACCAAGGCUUGUGUAGCCAUGGGCUAUAGUCCGGGAUGGGCCUGGCUCGACGAAGAUUGUGGUUCCGCCAAGGCAUAUGUAUGCCAUAAGACACUCACUCAACCUGUCCGGUGUGAUGAGAGCAAUGGAUGGAUAGAGAAAUUUCAAAACUGCUACUAUCUUUCAACAAAAUGGAUGACCUUUGACGAUGCUCAGGAAUUAUGCACGCGUUCUGAUGCUAACCUUAUCGACAUUGCUGAUGAAGAUGAGCAGAUGUUACUUGUAGAAUUUGUAGAAGAAGCCAAGAGUUAUCUAUGGAUAGGAUACAAAACAAUAAUAACCUUGAUUCUUCUUGAUUUCAUUUUUGUUUCUACUUCACAUCAGGCUGGAAGGGAUAAUUUCAAGUGGACAUCAGGACUCGAAACAGGUUUCGAACAAUGGGCUGUGAAUGAACCGAAUAUGGAUGCUCUUGAGAAGUGUACUCAGGCGAGAUAUCAGGACACUGGGACAGGUAACUGGUCGACGACAGACUGCCAGUGGACAAGGAGAUUUAUUUGCGAGAAACCAACUGGUAUGUGUUAUCCAGGCUGGCGGAUAUACGAUGGUUACUGCUAUCAGAUGGUUGCAUACUCACCUACCACGUGGGUGGAUGCCAAACAGCAGUGUGAAGCACAGGGUUCCACCUUACUCACCAUCAAAGAUGAAAAGGAGCAGGACUUCAUCAAUGAACAGUUACCCGUCCUUUGGCAAACUGGAAUCUCAAACAUUUGGCUGGGGAUCUCAGAUACCAUUACAGACGGAGAAAUGAAAUGGACAGACGGAACGGCGUAUGAUGAUACAGCUUACCAGAACUGGCCCGCUCACAAGAAACCGGCUAACAGGGAGGAUGAGGCACAAUGCGGAUCUAUUUAUGCUGGUUCUUCGAUUGGGCAGUGGGAUUAUGGUGACUGUUUCAAUCUCUUUGACUACUCCUGCAAGAUUCGCGAAGGAGCGCCUAUAACGCCCGUGGAUCCUGAGAAACCGACUGGAUAUUGUCCGGCAGACUGGUAUUUCUACAACGAUUUCUGCUAUUUCGUGGAUGAAGGAGACGGGGUUACUUAUGCCGAAUCACAACAAAACUGCAACCAGAAGGGAGGCAAGCUUGCAAGCAUCCACAGUACAGAGGAAAUGUCAUUCAUAGAAUUGCACCUUCAAGCCAAUGACUACUAUGUGGGACUGACAAGAAAGGGAACUGGAAUUAACGAUUUCCAAUGGACAGACGGCACACAGUUUGAUUACCACAAUUGGGAUAUUGGAGAACCAAAUGACUCUGGUAACGGCGAGGAUUGUGUUCAUGUUAGAGGGCCUUAUACCAAUCCAUCGGGUGUGUGGAACGACAUCUCGUGUGACAGAGAGUAUGCUUCUAUCUGCAAAAAAGCAGCAGAUGCGACAACACCACCCCCGCCGACUAAUCCACCUAAUGUGGCAUGUUACGAGCCUUUCCAGCAGUAUAAAGGCAAUGCAAUAGUGACGGUAGAUGGGGAUCUCUGUUACAAUUGGAAAGACGCGAACAGAGAGUACAAUCCUAUCGACUACCCCGAUAAAGAUUUAACGGAGAACUACUGUCGGAAUCCAAACAAUGCUGCCAAGCCUUGGUGUUAUGUGGACUUCGGUUUUAAAGACUGUGAUGUUCCUCAAUGCGACGCUCCUGUAGACUGUUAUGAAGGUGAUGGGUACUUGUAUCGAGGAAAGGUGGCCCAGACUCAGAAUGGUAGUAAUUGUCUGGCUUGGGCCUCGCUUGACGAUUCAGCUUAUUACAGACCUGGUAACUUUCCAGAAGAAGGUUUGGAGGGAAAUUACUGCCGCAACCCAUCCGGGAGCGGAAGCGGACCAUGGUGCUACUAUCACAAAGACACAUUUUGGUACACGUCUUCAAGUUGUGGAAUUCCCAAGUGUCAGACUACUGGUUGCUACGAGGGAAACGGUGCCAACUAUAGAGGGACGGCGAAUGAAGGAGAGAAUGGGAAUACAUGUGUUAAAUGGGAAGACGCGACAGCCCAGCCAUACAACCCUACGUUAUAUCCUUUAGCUGGUUUGGAUAAUAAUUACUGUCGCAACCCAAGCCAAGACACAGAACCUUGGUGUUACGUAACAGACGAUCAACAGGGUCUGGUGCAGGAGUAUUGUAUUGUGCCACAUUGUGCCACUGAAGUUGGAUGCUAUGUCGGGAAAGGCAUGUCGUACCGUGGAAACGCCAAUUACGUCACUAUAGGACGAACUUGCUCUGACUGGGUUGAUUUUAUCAACGAGUUUUACCCUGUACCACUUCAAGAGUUCUCGAUGCAGAUGCACAAAGCCAUCACGGGGGCGGCAUCCGGUUUUAACGGAAAAACUCGCGAUGAGUGUGCCUACGAGUGUCUCAACCACAAGGCCUUCUUCUGUAAGGCAUUCAAUUAUUACACAGGUACUGGUGGGGAUGACUCAGUAUGCACCUUGAGUACCAUGAACGGGGCCGAUGUGGAGCCAGUAUACGAUCCGCAACAGGACUAUUACGAGAGGAAUCAAACAUACGGGCUGGAGGAAAACUAUUGCCGGAACCCAAAUGGUGCGAUGGCCCCAUGGUGUUACUUCUAUGAUCCGAUUCACAACCAAAAUGAUUCGUCAUACUGCGGAGUGCCAGAAUGCAAUCCUGAAGAUGUAGGAUGCUACGAUCCGCGGGUCAGGGGUACAGCCUACCGUGGCCCGGCCCGCACCACAGUAUCGGGUCAUGUCUGUGUUGAAUGGAAGGACACAUUUUAUACUCCAGAUAGAUAUCCAAAUGCAGGUCUGGAUGAGAACUAUUGCCGUAACCCAACUCUAGCAGGAAUGGAUGCACCAUUCUGCAUGUAUCAAGGAACUCACGGCUUAUCGAGAGAGUUAUGUGAUAUUCCACAGUGUGAAAUAGCAGUGAUCUGCGGUGGUGACGGAUGGACAGCAGACCCUACUGAAGAGUGGUGUUAUAAGAUAGACAAGGAUUUAUUGCUAAGUUUUGACGAAGCCCAAGACGAAUGUGAGAAGGAGGAUGCCAAUCUCUUAAGUAUCGGAUCCGAGGCAGAAUCAAAUCUUAUCGUUGGCAUGCUCUCUUCGGAGGAGGUGGAUGGUUUCUGGAUAGGAGCUAAUGAUCGCUUUCAUGAGGCAGGCUGGGAAUGGACAGAUGGCCAACCGGACAAUCUUAUGGGUACCGAAGAAUGUGUAUUCAUGGCCAGAGGAAAUGGGAUGUGGUCCGAUGAACAGUGUGAUCUCUUGUUUCCUCACAUCUGCAAGAAAAGGAGUCAGAGCAGCAUUGGAUCUUCUACUGCCCCAACAACCCUAGCUCCAGGGUCUCUGUGCCCGAUGGAUUGGGCAGGCUAUGGUUCUCACUGUUACUUGGUGCAGCGGGACUUUGUUGCAUGGAGUAAGGCUCUGUCAAGUUGCGACUUACUGGGUGCUUCCCUCGCCACUGUCCACAGCGAAGGCGAGAUGACACACAUCGCUAGUCUGAUAUCAAAAGAGAGCCGUCAGUACUAUUUCUUUGGAGCCAAUGACAUUCAGAAGCAUGGUACCUGGACGUACGGGAAUGGGACCAAAGACACACUGCUCACCUACCUCAACUGGGCAGAUGGACAGCCAGACAAUGUAGGAGGCUCUGGCGAAGACUGUGUUAGUAUGCAAUACGUAUAUAACUGGUUAUGGAAUGAUGAGGUGUGUGAGAAGAAGUUCCAGGUGGUCUGUGAAUACGAGAACAAUGACGGUGACGCAAGCUUAGGCCGAUACACAGCUCAUGUUGAUUCCAUGACCUACGCUGAAGCACAGGCCCACUGUGUGAAGUAUGAUGGUUCCAUGGCAACCAUUAACAGCGAGAAGGACCAGGAAGACAUGGUCUCACUCCUAAACUUGAUCUAUGAUCCUUUCAAAUCUGAUAUCUUCUGGCUUGGAGUGAAUGAUAUCAACCAGGAGGGCAAAUGGGUAACCGGUGGUGACCCUGAUAGUACGACCACUCAGACCUUCUUCAAAUGGCGUGAAGGCGAACCGAACAAUUACAUGAGUCCUGGAGAGCACUGCGGUCUCAUGGCACCUGUUGACGAAUCCGAUCCUACGAACUACCUAUUUGAAUGGUACGACUGGUCAUGUGACAAUGCUGAGAGGUUCAUCUGUGAAGACAUUGACCCUAACAGUAACUAUGUGGGAUCAGGAAACCAUCGCUAUUCCGUUGUAAACGAGGCAAUGACAUGGUCUCAGGCAGACGCCUACUGCAGGUCGAAAGGAGGUGCUUUGGCACAGGUCCGGACUUCACCAGACCAGCUGCAUGUCAUCAACGAAAUGUUGUCCGAUAACAGAGAGCAACUUCUAUCGAGUAAAGGGGCUUGGAUCGGGCUAAAUGACCUUUCCCAUCAGAUGACCUUUGAAUGGGCCGACGGGUCAGAGGUCACUUAUACCAACUGGAAUGUAGGAGAACCUGAUGACUUUACCGACUCUCAGGAUUGUGUCUUCGCGUUUUCACAGAGUGGGAAAGACAGCACUGGAUGGCAAUACUACGCGGGGAAGUGGGCAGACUAUGACUGCAAAGCAGAGGACUUUGGUUAUGUCUGUCAAAAAGACAAGGGUCACUUUAGCCCUUCAGAGAUCCCUCCACCGGAAUACGAGUGUCCUCUGGGUUGGACCGGAAGUGAUAUAUAUUGUUAUAAACUCCUGGAAGGCCAGAUGACAUGGGAUGAAGCCUUGACGACCUGUGCUGGAGAUAGCGACCAUGGCAAGACAACCAACGCCACCCUGGCCUACAUACCGAACUAG